AACUCAGCCAUGACAUCACGGCGCACUACACGAUCGAUGACCAGACGUCAUCGAAACUCAUUGCCGGUACCUGAUGACCUGGCUAUGGAGAUAUUCACGAGGCUGCCGUCGAAGGCGAUAGCGAGAUGUCGUUGCGCAUGCAAGCUCUGGUCCUCCAUGCUUCGCCGUCAAGAUUUCACAGAGCUUUUCUUGACCAAAUCUUGUGCUCGCCCUCAGCUCCUUUUCGCCAGGGAAGAUUACAGCGUCAGAGAGAUUGUGUUCAUCACGUCGCCUCAGCCUGAAAAUCCCGAAGAGAACUCGUACGUUGUAGCAACCAAUCAUCUUGCGCGUUUCCCACGUUCCAACGGAUUCUAUGGUUGUACCAACGGCUUCUUCUGUUAUGGAGCUGACUGGUUCUUUAAGAGGCUAAAAUUGCCGGUGAUAUGUAACCCCAGCACGGGACAGUCCUUGACCAUGCCCAGAUUGAUCUCGAAAAAGAGGUAUGGAGUGCAAAGCUAUCUUGGAUAUGAGCCGAUGGAGAAAGAAUUCAAGUUAUUGUCGAUGAACAGCUCGCGUAAUGGUGAGAGGAUCUCAGUGGAGCACCAAGUUCUGACAUUAGGAACCAAGAAUUUGUCAUGGAGGUUGGUCGAGUGCUGCGUACCACAUGGUCCUUCUACUAAUUGGAUAUGCAUCAGUGGUGUUCUCUACUACGCAGCAAGUGCAGAUGGAUCUUCAGUGAAUUCUAUGGUCCUUUGUUUUGACUUGAGGUCUGAGGAGUUCAGCUCUGUCAAGUUCGGUAAACCAAUGCCUGAUUCAACAACUACAAUGGUAAACUACAACGGCAAGUUAGGUUUGCUUACGUCUGGAGAUUCUCAUUAUGUUACUCGAUCAAGUACAAGUGUUAAGCUGUGGGUUCUGCUUGACGCUGCACAACACGAGUGGUCCAAUCAUGUCUACGUAUUACCACCUUCGUGGGAGGAUGUGGUUUCAGAGACCAUGUACAUCGCUGGAAUGGUUGGUACAAAAGAAAUCGUCUUCUCCCCGAGCUACCAAAGAGUGCCUUACUAUGUCAUCUACUUCAACGUGGAGAGAAAGACGAUCACCAAAGUUGGAAUCCAAGGACUGGAAGCGUUUCAGGGUACGAGUUUCAAAACCUAUCUUAACUAUGUUGAGAAUGUGAAGCUUCUUUAAGCAUUUUAUAAGUGAGAGACGAGUGUAGUUUUCAUUUUGUGUGUGUUCGUUUUCUUCUAGCAUCUUAGUUUGAAAAAGCCCCACCUGUUGUGGAUGAUAUAGGUAAUCUUCUUGUUACAAACUCUUCACAAAUGUAAAUACUCAUCCAAAACAGACAAGUUUAGAAUGUGAUAUUUGAAUAUGCUAUGAUAGAGAUCAACAGAAUGUUAAUAUUUUGGGUUAAGAUCUCACUUAACCUAGCCAGAAAAAUGAUGUUUGUCCACACCCUUGUAGAUGAUAUGAUAAAUCACAAGUUGUACAUCUAAUUUUUUGAGCCGCUUUGAUUACAUCGAUAGAAUCUUGAGUUACAUUCUUCGAAUGUCUUAUCAUAAGUCAAACUUCCUCAUAUAGAAUCAAGAAAAGGUACAAUUGAAAUUAUAUAAUUUUUAAAAUGUUUCAUAUAUUUUUAACGAUUUUUAUUUAUUUUACAAAUAUAUACUUUUAAAAAAUUUCGCGGGGUAGAGGACAUCCGUGACUCAAAUUCGAUCGAUCUGCACACCCCCGACUCAA